GUGUUCAUUGCAUGACUUUAUUUUAUUUUUAUUUUACUGUUUACAGGUUUAUAACAGUGUUUCCUGGUUUAUCUUUGGAUGUUAGAAAGUGAGGAUUUGCCAGCACACUGAACUGUUAGCGUUGGGAAGAACUGGUAGAAAAGGGUGAAAAAGAAAGGUGCUGGGAAAAUGGAGAAGAUUCUGAACAGAAUUCAUCUGGUUUCUGAUCCAGAAGCAACCUACUUCCUACAAGUAUCAUGGGAAAAGGAUUUAGGCACUGGCUUCGGUAUACUUCUUAGUGAUGGUCAGUUCUCAUGGGCUGGGACAGUGUCUGAAGCAGAAAUUUCCAGGGAGGCUGCUGAUAUGGAAAUGAACAAGGAAAAGUAUGUGGAAGAGCUGAAGAAAGCAUUGGUGACUAGAGAAGAGUCAGCUGGCAAAUACAACUAUCUGAUUUCAAGAGAUCAAGAAAAUGUGGUGUGUCAGUUCUCCUAUGAAAGAAGUCUGAAAGAUGGCUCUUUCAGACUUGGCUCUGUGAAGCUGCAGGAGGUCCCAAGUCCGGCCAAGGUGGUGAAGGAGCUCAUUGGUUACUGCCUGGACAGCCUGGGAAAACUGCAGGCCAAAAAUGAGCACCUGCAGAGAGAAAAUGAAAGGCUUUUCAGCAACUGGAGUGAUGCAGAGAAGAGGCUGGAAAAAUGUGUGGAGGCUAAAGAGAAGCUGGAGGCAGAUCUUUAUAACCGUUUUAUUCUGGUGCUGAAUGAGAAGAAGGCAAAGAUAAGAAACUUACAGAAGUUGCUGAAUGAAGCCAAAGAAUCUGCAGCAGAUGCCAAAUGUACCAGGGAUGAUAUAACUACUACUCAGAUGGUUAUAAAGAGAGAAAAUGACUAUGAUGCCAGCACUGAUGAGGAAAGUGAAAGUUUAACACAGGCCUCAUUACCAUCAGCACCGGAGCGAAGGGAUUCCUCCCUCCUGGGGAGCCCAGGCGUUGCUGACACAGCUCCAAGAAGGAAGAGAAGACAAAGGACAGCAAAACCUACUGGGACAGGGCCUAAGGUGGCAGCUUAUGAGGCAGAACAACCACCUGAAGAAAAACCUGACCUGGCCUCACAGAAGACAUCUGGCCAGCAUUCUGUGGAUUGGAACCUGGAAACACUGAAGAACACUUGUGAGCCAGAGGACCUCUUCGACGACAUGUAGCCACAUGUGGUCUGAGAGACAGAGACUGGUGCUUCUACCAGAGAUAAGCUGUAAAAUUAGAGGCUUUUUUUGUAGAGUAGAGCCAAGAUCUGUGCUCUGAGGUGGUUUCCAGUGGCAC